GUCGAUAGCCUCCUUUUGCGGCUAAAACGUUUCUUAAAAAAAGUAUUACUAACGAUAUUAACAUACGUAACGUUAAAUACACGCAAUUCAUAUAUUCUAUCAUAUUGUACAUAAAGCACGGUCAGCCUAUGCACGCGAUUUAUUCAGCUUGAAAUUCAUUAUACAAUAUGCUCAGAAUAAAAAAUUGGUUCUAGCGUCAUCGAAUAACUCGAAAAUUUCUUUUUAUCUCCUCCGUUUAUCUGAUGAAACACAAACAAACAUAAAAACUUAGAUUUUUAUACCAAUGAUCUGACUGAUAAACUUUCUCGAAUCUCUUCAUUGAUACAAAACCAAAUCCGAUAGGGUGAAAAUCUUUUGGAAUCCUUCUAUCUGGGCAAAGAUUGACAAGAGGACUGAAUUGUGCAGUAUUUAGAACUUUUACACAUGUUACUGGCAGUUAUGCAUUUCAUGUCACUAAAAUUGCCAAGCGUAUGAUUUUAACCAUCCCAAUCUCGGGAAGAUUCGGCAAAAUUAUCUAUUUUACGCGCUCAACUUUUAUAUAUGGAAUUAAAUUACUAGAAAGCGAGCGGAAUUACCCGAAAUUUUGUUUUAAAUUUUUUCAUUUUUUAUUUUUAUUUUUUAUUCAUUUUUUACCAUAGACUUUUCAAAGAGACAUUUUCUGAGUGGUGACGAUGGUGAGUUGCGAGGAGUGUGAGGAGUUUCUAGACAAGCACGUGGACGUGAACAAGUUCAGGUACCUCGGACUCGGAUACAUCAACGCCAUGAUCCUCAUCUACUCUCUGCUGCUCCCGUUUGUCUACUUUCCCACCAUUUUCCCCAACCUUAACUCCGGUUACAUCAUUCUGCACAUUCUUGUCUUCAGCUAUCUGUGGGUGUGUCUGGUUUACAACUACUUCCAAAUGGUAUUUUCUAGACGGGACUUUUAUCGUCCAGUUACAGUCGAUCCGAGCAGGACGGCCCGUAUGCAUUACUGUAAGGUAUGUAGAGCAACUGUUUUGAAGAGAGAUCAUCAUUGCUACUUCUACGGAGUUUGCGUUGGAUACUACAACUUAAAGCACUUCAUGUUCGUUCCCUACUGGGGUGCCGUUUGCUGUGCUUAUUCUCUCUUCGUUUUCUCCAUCUACUACCCAAUCGCAUACAAUUUCAAUCCCGACACCGUGUACAAGUUUGUCAACCACGUUAUGGGGAACAUUCUCAUGGCUGGUUUGAGACGCAAAUCUUUGUAUCUGGUAGUCAACAUAACCCUUGCUAUUUUGGCAACUCUUAACACCAUUCUGCUACCUCUCAUCACACUCAUGUUUCUCUAUCUGACAGCUGUCAAUCAGACUACGCAUGAAUACAGCAAAGGCAUCAGAAAGUAUUCUCGCAGUCUACAUCAGAAUUUGACUGAAGCUCUUGGACCAAAAUACUGGCUACUCCUCUUUUCUCCAUGGACUUUUCAGCAGACAGACUACUUUGCAAUCCCAACACAUCAUGUAGAUUAAUGGGUUUAAUUAAAAUUUACUAGCAA